UGGAAAUACACUGUACACCUGUCCUGUUUCUUGUGAGGAUGGAGAUGAUGUGAGUGCGUAUGGCAUGGAGAGUUGCUCCAUAAAUGUGCAUUGCCUUCUGCUGUUAAGAGGGCGACACCGUGGCCAAGAGUACUUAAUUCUUCAUAUUCGGUGAUAGAUUUUGAAGGGAGAGUCAUCUAUUUGAGAUUCAGCAAUAGACUUCUGAGGAAAUCGCACAUGCUGACCUGAAGGCAAAACCUCAGAAAACACCACCUAGGUAACUGCAGGAAGUGCUGUGCUGCUGUCAGGAAGCCGUGACUGGCAAAAGCAAGCGUAAGAAAAUGGACACCUCUGUUUUCUUUUCCUUGCAGCUGUAAAAAUGUCUGACAAGCCCCAGAUAGCUGCCAGAGCUUCCCUUAUUGAGCAACUGAUGUCUGAAAGGAACUUUGAGGAUCUUGGCAACCAUCUAACUGAGCUAGAAACUCUUCAUGUGACGAAGGAGCAUCUCCAGCAGACAGACGUCAUCAGGGCUGUGUACAGAGUCCUCAAAAGCUGUCCCACAGUGGCUUUGAAAAAGAAAGCCAAGUGUUUGCUGUUGGAAUGGAAAGCUCUUUAUAAGGAUCCUCACUUCAAACCAAGGGACAGCCCUGAAUUAUCCCCUACAGGUGGAAAUGAAGAAAAUUCGGGAUUUUCUCCUGACGCAGGUCAGGAGAAGAUAUCGGACAGUUCCAGCCCUAAUUCUCGGCUAUUGUCCCAAGAUGUUACAGCAAAAGCCACAGAAAUGAUUGCGCCUGAAAGUGGCCCUAGUCAAGUGGAACCUAAGGAAGAGCAUGUCAGCGGUGGUGACCCCAAAUCCACUGACAAGAGGUCAAGUGAGUUGCUGGAUCCUGCAGUGCCCGUGAGAACUAAAUGCACAGAGAUUCUUCGUGAAGCUUUAACUAGUUCUUCCACAGAUCAGCCCCAGGCCGAUUUGUGGCACAGCCUUGCAAGAGAAAUCGAAGGGCACAUUUUUACCCUUUAUUCAAAGAACCUGAAAAAAUACAAAGCUUGUAUCAGAAGCAAAGUUGCCAAUCUGAAGAACCCCAAAAAUUCUCACUUACAGCAAAACUUGCUCUCUGGGACCAUGUCUCCAAGAGAAUUUGCUGAAAUGACUGUCAUGGAAAUGGCAAGCAACGAGCUGAAGCAGCUGAGAGCCUCCUACGCAGAGUCUAGCAUACGGGAACAUUACCUUCCCCAAGCGAUCGAGGGGACGCAGACAAAGAAAAUAAAAUGCAGACGCUGUGAGAAGUUCAAUUGCAAGGUCACUGUCAUUGCCAGAGGAACGCUUUUCCUUCCAAGCUGGGUACGGAAUUCAAACCCGGAUGAAGAAAUGAUGACAUAUGUCAUCUGUAACGAAUGCGGGGAGCAGUGGUAUCAUAGCAAGUGGGUGUGCCUGUGAUUAUAAAUAAAUAUUCUCUUAACAGCUGAUAA